UAGCUAACGUUAGUUGCUAACGUUUUAUUGUGCUUUAUUAUCACUUGCGGUGCUAUUUGGUAAAAUUGGAGAACAAGCAGUUGAUUCAACAUUAACAGCGGAAAUGUUGGAGGAAAACACAACUUCUGUUGGUGAGCGGACGGAGACCUCACCGACAGCGUCACAGGGAAACGUUGAAGUGGAGCAGCAGGAGGUUGAAGAGGGACCGAAGGAGCGGCGCUCUGCAGACAUGUACUACAACUAUGAGGAACUUCACUCCAGACCGUCCACCACACCUGACUCUGAAAUCCCAGAGAACCUCCUGCACCUCUCUCACUCCUUUGGCUAUGACAGUGGGCGCAGGGGGAACCUGCAGCUCCUGGAUGACAGGACUCUGAUCUUCAUAGCAGGCAACCUGCUCGUCCUGUUGGACGUUUCCACCAAGAAGCAGAGAUACCUCCGCUCCUGCAGCGGAGGAGGAAUCGGCUCCAUUACGGCACACCCUAGCAAGGAGUACUUUGUUGUAGCAGAGAAGGGAACGAAGCCCAACAUCAUAGUAUAUGAAUAUCCCUCGCUACGACCAUUCAGCAUCCUCAGAGGCGGUACGGAGCGGGCAUACAGCUUUGUGGAUUUUAAUCCCGACGGGAGCCUGCUGGCCGGCGUGGGGAGCGCACCCGACUACAUGCUGACGCUGUGGGACUGGAGGAAGGAGGAGGUGAUGGUGAGCUGCAAGGCUGUUUCUCAGGAGGUCUACCAAGUCAGCUUCUCCCAAUACAACCCGAUGCUGCUCACAUCAUCAGGAUCUGGACACAUCAAGUUCUGGCAAAUGGCGAGCACAUUCACAGGCCUUAAGUUGCAAGGAUUUAUGGGACAUUUUGGGAAAACUGCAGCGACUGAUAUUGAGGGCUAUGUGGAACUUCCUGAUGGAAAGGUGGUGUCUGGCUCAGACUGGGGCAACUUGUUGCUGUGGGAUGGGAAUGGCAUCAAGGUGGAGAUUUGCUGUAAGGAGGGGCGGAACUGCCACGUGGGGACGGUCCAGCCAUUCGCCCUGGAAGACGGACAGCUGAUGACGAUUGGCUCUGAUGGAGUGGUCCGGGGUUGGGACUUUGAGAGCAUCGACACUGCCGACAGUACCGGCGACAGCAGCAGGUUUGAGCUUGAGCCCAUGAAUGAGAUGGUGGUUGGACACAACGUCUGCCUCUCCUCUGUGGUGAGGAGCUCCCUGCCUGACUCCUUCAUCUGCUUUGCUCAGGAUUCCAGCGGAGCCAUCUGGAAACUGGAUCUUUCAUUCACCUACACGACUCCAGAUCCAGAGUGCCUGUUUUCCUUCCACUCCGGGGCGAUCCAGGGCCUGGUCGCGUCGAGGAAAUCUCACCUGAUGGCCACGACCGCUCUCGACCGUUCAGUCAAAGUUUUUGACUUCCUGGCCAAAAGAGAGCUGACCAGCAGUCGCUUCAAUCAGGGAGGAACUGCUCUCAGCUGGGCUCCACCUUUGGUGAACCAGAGUGGAAGUUUACUGGUGACGGGCUUCGAGGACGGGGUGGUCCGGAUACUGGAGCUGUACGACCCUCAAAGGCUGCAAGUGGUCACCGGGCGCAGCCCCAAAGGAGAUGCCAAGCUGCGCCUCAAACAGGCCUUCAAACCCCAUAAUGCCCAUGUAACUGCUAUUGCAUAUGAACGAAAUGGAGAGAUCUUAGCUACGGGGAGCUGUGACCGCACUGUGUUCUUCUUCACCGUCGGGGAGAAAUACAACCCCAUUGGCUUUGUCCACGUUCCUGGGCCGGUGCAGGCGCUGGAGUGGUCCCCUCAUUCCCACACUGAAAGCAGGCUGCUCAUCCUGUGUCAGAGCGGUCAUGUGGUCGAGGUUCACAGUCCUGAUCCAGAGGCCCAGAGGCCGACCAAAACCUUCCAGCUGGCUGAACUGCCCAGCAGAUCAUUCAGAUUCAGGAGUAUCAAAUCUCGAAUCAAGAGAGAGGAGGAAAUCGCAAGACGUCAAGUCAUAAAAGAGAAGAAGAAGGAAGAGAGAGAGGAGAAGGAGGAAGAAGAGUUGCCCGCUAUCUACAUCCCUGACCCCCCAAGUCCUCUCUACUGUGGCUUCUACUCACAGCCUGGCCAGUUCUGGCUGUCCAUGGGUGGCUUUGACUCCGGUUUCCUGUAUCACUGUAAGUUCUCUGAGAUGCAGGACGAGGAUCCGGACCAGCGGCAGGAUGAGCCGUUCGCCUUCUUUCCUGUCCACAGCAAAGAUGACGACCCCAUUCGCUCUGUCACCUUCAGCUCCAACAGGCAGCUGCUGCUCUGCGGCAUGCACUCAGGCUUCAUCAGGGUUUACCCUCUGCAGCCUGGCGACAGCAGCCUCACCUCCAUGCAGGCCUACUGGGCUCUCAGUGUCCACGACAACCAGUACGGACACCUGCGGCACAUCUGCUGUAGCCAUGACGACCACUUUGUGCUGACCGCAGGAGAUGACGGCAACAUCUUCUCCUUCAGCCUGCUUCCCCCAGAGGAGCUACAGAAAGGCCUGCAGAAAAAGAGGGCCACGGUUCCUUCACCCAGGGUGGGUCUUGAGAAUGAGGCGUUAGCCCAGGACAUUGAGGACCCAGCUGCCUACAGCAUAGAGACGGCCAAGCAGAAGCUGCAGAAGGACCGUCUGCGGCGGGAGGCCGGCCUGAAGAUUGCGGCGAAGCGCAAGAAGCUGGCCGAGCUCCAGAAGAAGUUUAAACAGCUGAUGAAUGACAACCAGAGUAUGCCGAAGCAUGUUCGCCUGAAUCCUGCGGAGCUGCAACUGGAUCGGCGUUUCAGUGAGCAGGCAGAGAGGGUCAAGGCCCAGCGGGUCAGGGAGGUCAGAAAGCAGAUGGGCUGGGAGGAGGAGCGCUGCAGCAUAGCGCUCAGCAAACUGCAAGACUGGUGCAAGGACACUCUGGAGGCCAACAUGGUGACUGUGGUUGCCAUCGGCACCGACCAUAGAGUCUCCACUUCCUGUCUGUCGGCACUCGCAGAGCCUUCCUCCCGGCUCAGACAUCUGAGGAGACCCAGCUGGCCCGACGGACACAAAGCUGCUGGACCAGAACGCAGAAAAUCCAGAGCCGAUCCUGCAAAAGACAGCGGCAUAGAAAACGGGGAGGUGCUGCGCUGCCCGCAAGCUCGUCCAGCAGGAAUACAGCUGACAAAUCGGCAGGUCGAGAGGCUCCGAAAGGCUGCAGAGAAAGCUGAACAAGCUCAAGCCAAGAUAGAGAAGAGGAAGCAGGAUUGGGCCCGACUUUGCGCAGAGAAGCCAAACAAGGACAGUGAGGAUCCGCAGGAUGUUCAGGCCAUCCGUGAAGCCAAAGAGAACAUCGGAGACUUAAAACUGAAGUCAGACAAAAACUUUACGGUGCCGAAACACCUGAGGAUGAAUGCUGAGAGGAAGAGAGCAGAGCUGAUAGGCCUGGAGGAAAAUGUCUGUGAGAAGCAGGCUGAGAUGAAUGGACACAUCGUGGCGUUGCGGGACUCUAAGGUUCGUCUCGUGUCUCAGUUGCACGCUCAGGCUCAACAGGUCCAGAAGGUCCAGCGGCGUCUGGCGGCCCAUCUCCACCGUCCUCCACCUACCCUGCCCACUUUACUACCAGAGGAAACCCCAGAGAAGAGGCUGCAGUACAGCAAUGCCACCCUGAAGCGAUACAGGGUUCUGAAGGAACAGAGGUUGCAGACCAUUGAGCCGGAGGGAGCCACACAUUUACUGGAGCAGUUGGAGAAAGAGAUGGAAGGAGAGGAGGGGAAAGAGGCAGAGGAGAGGACUCCCAGUCUGCCAGCUUCAUCUGCAACCAGAGAAGAAGAAGAGGAAGAAGAAGAGAUGGCAGAGGAGAAAGGCACAGAACUGAGCGAGCUGGAAGAGGAGCUCCGGAAGGAGGAGGAGGUCAGACUGCUGUACGAGCAGAACUCUCUGCUGGAGCAGAUGGAGAGUUCGGUGUGUCGGUUUGACGCGGAGCUCAUGCUGCUGCGUCACCAGAAGCUGGGUCUCGACUGGCAGCUGAAGAUGGCCGACCUCCGGCAGCUGACUCUCUUCCAGGAGCUGCUCAUCCUCAAGGAGUUCGAGAGGAGGGAGGACAGCCUGCAGGAGAACCUCAACGGACGCAUUAAGGAGGAGAGCAGCAUUACGUCUGACCUGGAGGAGUUUAACGAAGAGCUGGAACUGAAGCAGGAAGACAUAGCUCAGCUGCACGAGAGAGAGAAGGCUCUGACUGCGGUCUUCCAGGCCUCGCUGGGCAAAGAAAACAAGUUUGAAGAGUUUCUGACCAAAGUCUUCAAGAAGAAGAUCAAACGCGUAAAGGUUGAGGAGCAGACAGGUAGUGAAGGUGAACGGAAGUAACACAAGUGAGAUUGUGUGAUGCUGUGUGUGUGUGUGUGUGUGUGUGUGUGUGUUUCAAUGUGUCCUUUAUGAUCCAAUUCUUUGUUUGCAGAGGAAGAGGAGGACAGUGAUGAAGACGAUGACUGGGAUGAUGAUUAUGACGAGGGCACGGAGGACGGAGGAGCAGCUCUGGACGACAAUCAUUGCCCACCAGGCUGUGAGCCAGAGUUGUUUGAGAACACACUGCAGUUGCGUGAGCGUCGGCUGGACCUCGAGGAACUGCUGGUGGAGGAGAAGAAGAGUGCUGAAGUGCUGAAGAAAGAGUGCGACGCCCUCGUCAAAAAGGAGAAAUCGAUGAAGACUAGCCGGAAGGCAGCAGAGGACGACAUGGAGUUGAUGAACAGGGAGAAGCAGCAAAAGAUGAACGAGCUGGAUAUGGUGGUCCCUCUCAGACUGCACCAGAUUAAGUUUGUCUUAAACGGAUCGGUGCCGUCAGACCUGAGCCCGGCGUUGGUGCUGGACAUGACGGAGCUCGACAGGCUGCAGGAGCGCAUCAAGCAGUUGCAUGCGGAGAAGAGUCAGCAGAGAGAUCUGUACUGUGAGGCGCGCAAGCAUCACGUCAGGCUCGUCCACGACCGCAGGCUAAUGGACGCCAACAUCCAGGUGCUGGAGAAGCAGUGCAAGCAGCUGAUGAUGUUGAAAUUUGGGAGGCUGGUGAAUCUGGAGUCUCUCCAGACGCUGUCGGGGAACAGGACGCUGGAGGAGCUUAAGCAGCAGAAAUUCCUCCGAGAAGUGGCAUACGCCAAGGAAAUCAAACACUGGGAUAUGAAGGUAGAAGAGGCACAUCAGGCUCUGAUGGAGGUAACCAGGUGUAACACAGAGCAUCUCCUCUGCAUGACCAACCUCUUGGACCAGAAAAAGGAACUGGAGAAUAAACUCAACGCCAAGCAGAAGAAAAUGGGCAGACAGUUCCAGGACAACAGGAGACGGGUGGAUCAGGAGGAGAUUCGGAGGCUCGUGGGGCUGGUGAAAACCCAAUCGCAGCAGGCCGAGGCCCUCAGGAGAGAGAUUGGCCUCUUGUCUCGACAAGGAGGCCACGUCCUGCCCCCAGGCCGGGCCCUGCUGCCCCCUCUCGCCCCCCUGCCCACACUCAGAGGCCGCACCCACACCGAAGCCUCCUUGUCCCGUCAAGGAGGCUGCGUCCUCCUGCCCGGCCCGCCCCCGCUGCCCCCCGCUUACCCCCUUGUCCGCCACACCCACACCAGCAAACAAGGAUUAGGGCAUCUGUCCAAACAGCUCAAAGUCGCCCAGCAGACAGGGAGCUACUUAACUGAGGACAGAAAAUAAUUGAUUUUAAUAACUGAUUUUGUCUUUACUGCAAGCUACCCAUUGGAGUUUUAAACCUUUUGAUACUGUUGAACACCAUGACUUUUUCUCUAAUUUUUCCAAGCUAAAUAAUACAGGAAUACAGAAUAAUACUUUUUUUACGUUCUAUCUUGAACGUAAAAAAAGUUAGUUAAAUGUCUAGCGGCCUCAAGAAAGCAAACUCUAGACCCAUAAAUCCCCCUCCUGUGUGGGUGGCAUUCAGCUCUAUGUUGCUAUCAAUCUUAAUGGUCAUUCAGAGCUCUCCAUUUGUGUCAUAACGUAAGCGUAUACCUUCUGAGUCUGACUGCUACAUUUUGAGUUCUGAAUCGCCUUCAUUGUGUAGUGUUUUGUGUUAGUUCACCAAUUGUUUUUGACACUUAGAACAACGUGAAACGGGAUGGCCCUCUUCCCGUUGUAACGGUUGUCUGAACUACUUCAGACAAAUGGAGUGUUUUUUUAUGGUAGUAUUGGUAAUUGUAAAGAAGCCAUUCAACUAUAUUCAACUACAUUUCAGAGGGAAGCAAUUCACGUUUUGGUCAACAGCAUUUAGAGCUGUAUAAGAUCACAGAGCGUCUUCCACAUGAUACAGAAAAAAUAAACUCUCUCAUAUA